CCCGCUGACCGCCUGGCAGGGCUUCCCUAGGCCGCAGGGCCGAGGCCAAGGACCGGCUGGUGCCCCUGGCGGCGUCUGGGGCAGGGGGGCAGGCGCUCGUCCCGCCGACCCCAAGCCUCUUCUCGGAAGGACCUCUGCCCCACGCUGACAGCUCUGAAGCCUUGGGGCUACAAGGGCUGCCUGGGCAGAAUGUCACAAUGGACGAGGGGGGCACGCCCCUGCUCCCUGACAGCCUCAUCUACCACAUCUUCCUGAGUUUGGGCCCAGCAGACGUACUGGCCGCCGGUCUGGUGUGCCGCCAGUGGCAGGCCGUGUCCCGGGACGAGUUCCUGUGGAGGGAGCAGUUCUACCGCUACUACCAGGUGGCCCGAGACGUGCCCCGGCACCCAGCGGCCACAUCCUGGUAUGAAGAGUUUCGGCGGCUCUAUGACACGGUGCCUUGUGUGGAGGUGCAGACGCUCAAGGAGCACACCGAUCAGGUGCUGCAUCUCAGCUUCUCCCACUCGGGUUACCAGUUUGCUUCCUGCUCCAAGGAUUGCACUGUGAAGAUCUGGAGCAACGACCUGACCAUCUCGCUGCUGCACAGCGCGGACAUGCGGCCCUAUAACUGGAGCUACACCCAGUUCUCCCAGUUCAACCAGGAUGACUCGCUGCUGCUGGCGUCUGGGGUGUUCCUAGGGCCCCACAACUCCUCGUCGGGCGAGAUUGCAGUCAUCAGCCUAGACAACUUCGCCCUGCUGUCCCGAGUGCGCAACAAGCCCUAUGAUGUGUUUGGCUGCUGGCUCACGGAGACCAGCCUGAUCUCGGGGAACCUGCACCGCAUCGGAGACAUCACCUCCUGCUCAGUGCUCUGGCUCAACAAUGCGUUCCAGGUGCGGGCGGGCGUGCCCCCUGCGGCCGCUCCCUCCGUGGCCUGGUGCCCACCUGCUGUCUCCCACCCCCAGGACGUGGAGUCAGAGAACGUCAAUGUGGUGAAGAGGCUCUUCAAGAUUCAGAACCUUAACGCCAGCACCAUCCGCACGGUGAUGGUGGCCGACUGCAGCCGCUUUGACAGCCCGGACCUCCUGCUGGAUGCCGGUGCGCCCCCCGGCCGUGUCUUUGACCUGGGCAGCGACAGUGAGGGCGAGGCGGUAGGCCCAGGACCAGGGCCUGCUCCAGCCCGCACCAAGGAGGGCUUGCGGCGAUUCUUGGAUGGGCUCCUGGACGGGCGGGCGCAGCCCCAGCUGUCAGAGCACGCGCUGGAGACCAAGGUGGCUGAGCUGCUGGCCCAGGGCCGCACCAAACCCCCAGAGCACAGCAUGGCCGACGCCCGCAAGCUCCUCAUCUUCACUACGGGCUGCCUCACUUACUCACCACACCAGAUCGGCAUCAAGCAGAUCCUGCCACACCAGAUGACCACAGCCGGGCCUGUGCUGGGCGAGGGGCGGGGCUCAGAUGCCUUCUUUGAUGCCCUGGACCACGUCAUCGAUGUGCACGGACACAUCAUCGGCAUGGGCUUGUCCCCGGACAACAGGUACCUGUAUGUAAACAGCCGUGCCUGGCCCAGCGGCUCUGUGGUGGCCGACCCCAUGCAGCCACCGCCCAUAGCAGAGGAGAUCGACCUGCUGGUGUUUGACCUCAAGACCAUGCGGGAGGUGAAGCGGGCUCUGCGGGCCCACCGUGCCUACACGCCCAAUGACGAGUGCUUCUUCAUCUUCCUGGACGUCAGCAGGGACUUCGUGGCCAGCGGGGCAGAGGACCGGCACGGCUACAUCUGGGACCGGCACUAUAACAUCUGCCUGGCGAAGCUGCGGCACCAGGACGUGGUCAACUCGGUGGUCUUCAGCCCCCAAGAGCAGGAGCUCCUGCUGACAGCCAGUGACGAUGCCACCAUCAAAGCCUGGCGUUCACCACGCACCGUGCGCAUCCACCAGGCCGCGCGCCCACGUCCCCAUCCCUUUCUCUCCUGGUUUGCCAGCCAGAGGCGCUGAGAAGGGCACUGGGCGACAGGACCGUCCUGGGGCUGCUGGGACCCAUUGAAGAUGCCACAGAGGCCUGCAGCCCUUUCCCAAGGGCCCAGUCACUGCCCAGACCAUGUGGUGGGCAGAGACACUUGUGACAGUCAUGCCUUAGAAGGGGGUCCAGCAGGACUGCAGGGAGGGGACGGCCUGCCCCCCACCACACUCACACCACACGCCGCCUCCCACAGCUGUGACCUUCAGCACCGGGGCAGCCCCCUGGCUGGCUUGGGAUGCACUGGACACUGGGGCCCCACUCUCCCCCACCCUGUUCCCCCAGGGCCUGUGCCCCGGGACAGUCAGCAGCAUACAUACCCUUUGGCCGGCCCCGUAGGGCCCUGGGCGGCCCCUCCUCUGGGAACACGUUUGCUCACCAGCAGGGCCGGCAGCACAGGUCAGUCUGCCGUGGGCGCAGGCAAACUGCAUGUCACUGGUCACCUGUUUGGGGCCUGAAUAAACAGUUGGCAAUAGC